UGUAUGAUAAGCAAUCUGUUUUUCGAUAGGUAGGUGGUAUUUAUCUAUGUGUUAUCACUGAAUUGUUAAGUCAUUCUUUUUGGUAUUUUUUUAUUCACAAGUGGACUUCUGACAUUAUCACUGUUGAUCCUGUUAGCUCUACAAUGAGUAGGCAUACCAUAAACAACAUGUCGAAGCUGCUGCUAUACAAGGUGGACGGUAGCCCCCCUUCCAACUCCAUCCUCAUGAUCGCUCACCUGCUGAACCUGGACAUGGACUAUAAGGAGCCCGACCUACUGCGCUUGGAGCACCGCUCGCCUGAAUUUAAAAAGAUCAAUCCCAUGGGUACGAUUCCCGUAUUGAAGGAUGGUAACUUCGUUCUUGCUGAAAGCCACUCGAUCCUCAAGUACAUAGUGGAGAAGUACGGCGGGCCUCAACGAAGCUCUCUCUACCCGUUCGACCUGCAGACGCGAGCCGCCGUGGACGAGCGCAUGCACUUCGACACGGGCGUGCUGUUCAUCAGCCUCUCUAGUGUUGUGAAAGCCAGCAUAUUCGGCGACCAGCCGGCGGUGACCCCCGAGCAGCUGGCCAGCAUCGAGUCCUCCUACGCCACUCUGGAGCUCUACCUGGAACGGUCGCGGUUCGUGGCGGCGGACCACCUCACUAUUGCUGACUUCGGCGUGUUGUCUACUACACUCGCGCUGCGCCACAUCCUGCCCAUUGAUGCCAACAAAUUCCCGAAGAUUUCUGCGUGGUUAUCGCAACUAGAAGAAGAAGCAUUCGUUAAAAAUGUUGGCGCGCCUAAUAUGGAAAAGUUUAAAGCUAUCCUGUAUUCUUCGUGGGAGCGAAAUAAGUCUAAGAUGGCUAGAUAAGUACAAAAUAAUUCAACUGAAUAAAUAUAUUUUAGAUAACAUCAA